AUGAAUCAUGAAUGAUGUUUAUUGGCGCCUUCAACCCCGUUGCUUCAACCUGUAAGAAUCUUGGCUUCAACCUGCCUGUUGUUAAUCAACCUAAGGUUCAUUUUCUAUUUGUCCUCAUUAGCCCAUAUAGUCCUUACUCCUCACAGCCCUCAUGGCUCAUAGGGUAUCUGGUGUCAUCAUAACUUGAAACUUGAAUUGUCUGGAGGGCUGUUCACGGGCCAUUGAUGUGUGUGGUGUGGCCGCACACAAGAUAUAAGCUAUUACCCUAAUAAUGGCUGCACAGCUCAUGUGAAGUAGGUAUUUAAGUAACUUUCUCAGGACCAUCACUAAGUAGCAAUGGUUGUGACCAUUGGCUUUGAGGGUUCAGCAAACAAGAUUGGAAUUGGAAUUAUUAGAGAUGGUGAAGUGCUGUCCAACCCACGCCGCACCUACAUCACACCUCCUGGUGAAGGGUUUCAGCCAAGUGCCACUGCCAGGCACCACCAGGCCCAUGUACUUGAUGUUCUGCAGGAGGCUUUGGACAUAGCCAAGAUCACCCCUGACCAGAUAGACGCCGUGUGCUACACCAAAGGUCCCGGCAUGGGCGCGCCACUGGUGUCAGUGGCAGUGGUGGCGCGCACAGUGGCGCAGCUCUGGCAGAAACCCAUCAUCGGCGUCAACCACUGUAUCGGCCACAUCGAGAUGGCACGGCUCAUCACCGGCGCAGACGACCCGACCGUGCUGUACGUCAGCGGCGGUAACACCCAGGUGAUCGCCUACUCGGAGCGCAGGUACCAGAUUUUCGGUGAGACAAUCGACAUGGCCAUCGGCAACUGCUUCGACCGGCUGGCCAGGCUGUUGAAACUCUCCAACGAUCCCAGUCCCGGCUACAACAUCGAACAAAUGGCCAAACGGGGUCAGCGCCUAGUGCGGUUUCCGUACGUUGUUAAGGGCAUGGACGUGUCGUUCAGUGGGAUGUUGUCGUUUAUCGAGGAGCGGUUAGACAAGUGGCUGGCCGGCGAGUACACCCCAGAGGACAUCUGCUUCUCGCUGCAGGAGACCGCCUUCGCCAUGCUGGUGGAGACCACAGAGCGUGCCAUGGCGCACACGGGCAGCCAGGAGGUGCUGAUCUGUGGCGGCGUCGGCUGCAACCUGCGUCUCCAGGAGAUGAUGCGGAUUAUGUGUGAGGAGCGCGGCGCCAAGGUGUUCGCCACUGACGAACGGUUCUGUAUCGACAACGGUGCCAUGAUCGCUCAGGCCGGCUACGUCAUGUUCAAGUCCGGCGUCACCACUCCUCUGGAGGACACCUUCUGUACUCAGAGGUAUCGAACAGACGCCGUCGAGGUGACAUGGAGAGACCCGUAGUCACGCUGUUCAGUGUUCUGCUGACAGCAGCCUCAUCAGACCAUCGUACGACCCGGCCUGAAACUGCCCAGUCGGGUCACCUGUUAUCACACCGCAAUACACAUGUGAGUCAUA